AGCGGCUGGCAGAGGUCGUCUCCUCCCCCGCCGCGUGCCAAGGGCCCUCCCUGGCUGGGAGGGGUGGGGAGAAGGAUCCCACGGAGCGGCGACCUCGGCGACCGGCGGGGGCACUCCGUGACUCCCAUCUGACAGCUGUUUCCUCUCCCUGGCCGUGUCUGCCCCGUCUUCCGACCGCUCGGUGACACGGCUUGCUAGAACUCGGCCGAUCCUCGGGGCGGACGCUUCGGAAACAGGCGGCUCCGCUCCGCUUCUCUCCGCCUCGCAGUUUUGCCAAGCUGAGAGCAGGAUGGGCAAAGUUGCCUUCCCUUCGCUCCUGGUCUUUAGCCUGCUUCUGCUCGCCUCCGGAGUCUGCGGUAACAAUAUCUGUACUACACGAGGAGCAAAUUCAUGUCAACAGUGCCUGUCUGUAAGUCCACGUUGUGCUUGGUGCUCCCAGGAGGAUAUGCCAAAAAGUUUCUCUCGCUGUGACUUGAUGGAAAACCUCAUUCAAAAUGGCUGCACAAAGGAUUAUAGAGAGUAUCCAGUCAGCAUGACCAACAUCCUGGAGGCCAGACCUCUCAGUGCCAAAGGAUCAGGCAGUGACAUCACCCAAAUGACCCCACAGAAGAUUGAACUCUACCUGCGGCCAGAUGAUUCCCAAACUUUCUCAAUACAAGUGCGCCAGGUGGAGGAUUAUCCUGUGGACAUCUACUAUCUAAUGGAUUUGUCUAAUUCCAUGAGGGAUGACCUCCAUAAAAUCCAGAACUUAGGUACCAGUCUAGCCAUGGAAAUGCGCAGAGUGACCAGCAACCUGAGGAUUGGCUUUGGAGCUUUUGUGGACAAACCCCUGUCCCCUUACAUGUACAUUUCUCCUCCAGAGGCCAUUGAAAACCCAUGCUAUGACUUGAACCCACCAAACGACCACUGUCUGCCAAUGUUUGGCUACAAGCAUGUCCUAGCGCUCACAGAUGAGGUCAGGCGUUUCAAUGAGGAGGUGAAGAAGCAAAGCGUGUCUAAGAAUCGAGAUGCACCUGAAGGAGGAUUUGAUGCCAUCAUCCAAGCAGUUGUCUGUGGUGACAAAAUUGGCUGGAGACCUGAUGCCUCCCACUUGUUGGUCUUCACUACAGAUGCCAAGACCCACAUUGCUUUAGAUGGGAGACUGGCUGGAAUUGUCACACCUAAUGACGGGGAAUGCCACAUGAACAGCGAUAACCUCUAUGAAGCUUCCACCAAACUGGAUUACCCAUCCCUUGGCCUGAUGACAGAUAAACUCUCACAGAAAAACAUUAACUUGAUUUUUGCAGUGACUCAGGACAUCGUGGGUCUCUACCAGAACUACAGCGAGUUGCUCCCAGGCACCACUGUAGGAACAUUGUCAAAGGACUCAAGCAAUGUUUUGCAGCUCAUUUUGGAUUCCUAUGGGAAAAUCCGUUCCAAGGUUGAACUAGAAGUCCGUAAUCUCCCAGAGGAAUUGUCCCUCUCAUUUAAUGCCACCUGCCUGGAGAAUGAAGUUAUUCCUGGAGUUAAGUCUUGUGUUGGACUCAAGAUCGGGGAUACAGUGAGCUUCAGCAUUGAAGCAAAGGUCCGCAGUUGCCCAAAGGACCGGCAGACGUCUUUCACCAUCAAGCCAGUGGGCUUUGAGGACAGCCUGACGGUUCUGUUGAACUUUGAUUGUGACUGUGCUUGCCAGGACUACGCUGAGCCUAACAGCAAGAUCUGUAACAAUGGGAAUGGCACUUUUGAAUGUGGGAUGUGCCGCUGCCACCCAGGCCGGCUGGGCUCCCACUGCGAGUGCUCUGAAGAAGAAUAUGGCCCGUCCCAGCAGGAUAACUGCAGCCCCAGUCAGGGCCAACCACUUUGCAGCCAGAGGGGAGAAUGCAUCUGUGGCCAAUGCAUUUGCUACGGCAGUGACUUUGGCAGGAUAUCGGGCAAAUACUGUGAAUGCGAUGACUUCUCCUGUGUCCGCUUCAAAGGGGAGCUGUGCUCAGGACACGGGAAAUGCGUCUGUGGAGACUGCACCUGCAACCCCGACUGGACUGGAGCAUAUUGCAACUGUACAACCCGGACUGACACCUGCAUGUCUAGCAAUGGGCUGAUGUGCAGUGGGCAGGGGCGUGGAUACUGUGCCUGUGGGAAAUGCGUCUGUACUCAGCCUGGCUCUUACGGAGACACCUGUGAGAAGUGCCCAACCUGCCCCGAUGCCUGCACCAUCAAAAAGGAGUGUGUGGAAUGCAAGAAAUUUGAGAGGGGAAUCCUGAUAGAGCAAGACACCUGCAACCGCAACUGCCGGGAUGAGAUUGAGUUGGUGCAGGAACUUGGAGACAAGGGGAAAGAUGCUGUGAACUGUACCUACAAGGAUGAGAACGACUGUGUGGUGUACUUCCAAUAUUACGAGGACUCCAGUGGCAAAUCAAUCCUCUAUGUUAUUGAGGAACCAGAUUGUUCCAAGGGACCUGAUAUCUUGGUAGUUCUCCUUUCGGUAACUGGAGCCAUCUUACUUAUUGGCUUGGCUGCUUUGCUCAUCUGGAAACUGCUUAUUACCAUCCAUGACCGACGAGAAUUUGCCAAGUUUGAAGAAGAACGGGCCAGGGCUAGAUGGGACACGGCCAACAAUCCCCUGUACAAAGGAGCUACCUCCACCUUCACCAACAUUACGUACUGUGGGAACUCGUGAGACUACAGCCUUCUGAGGUCUUCUCCACUCAUGUUUACAGAACUGUCUCUGUUGUGUGUGAGAGAGAUUUUUAAAACAAAACAAAACAGCCUUUGCUCAAGAGCCUUCACUGUUCUGCUGUCACAAGAGAAUAUCUGCACUGUGAUUCUUCCAAGACUCUCUUUUUACCUCAGCUUGCCCAGAGCUACGGCCUGGACCCACAUACUGAAGAAGAAAGCAGGACUUACUCUUCAGUAGGAACAGCACUGCAUAACUCCAGGGUUCAUAGGACAUUCUAGUUGAAUAAAAUUAGGGGUUAUGGUUAUUGAGCUUUAUAAACUAACUCAGAUGUUAACUAGUGAAAUUUGGGAUAGAAGGGAUUUGAAGGGAGUUCCCUGAUUUAGGAUACCCAGUCCAUUGCAAGCUGAACUCAAAGUCCCCCCUCCAGGCUAAGUUUCAGGUGGUUCAGCUAGUUGCUGUGCUGCAGCUGCUGCCCCUUCCAGACAUACAAGACAUUGGCUGGGUUGGCCAAGGAAGCAGCUUGCUGAAGGUCCUUCAUUGUACUUUGCACGCUGCUGUCUAGCAUGGCUGGUGCUAGGAUCCAGGGGAGAUACUUUCUCCAGGAAUCCUUGCUCCUAAUAGAGAUGGUAAAGGGGAGGGGAGUACAGGAACAGAGGUUGACCAUGAGACUUAGGAAUCUGUCCACUCCUAUUUUGCUGCCAGUACAAUUGUGAACCUGAACUUCCAAAUGAACUCAGAAAUAAGACAUGUUAUAACGGGGGCCUAAAGAAAAAUACAUUUUCAAAUCCAGAGUUUUACAUACUGCAUCAGAGUUCCAAUAUUCUUGAACUAUACCUUUUGUUAUACUUAUUUCAAGGUCAGAAGAUCAUAAAUUCCUUGCUUUCAAUUUUUCAAAGGAAAGAGUUGUAUAUGUUGUUUGCUUUCUCUGGUGAAGAAAGAAAAGGCACUCAGCAUUAAUUCCUUUUGUAUGCUGACUUCACAUAUUUCAAGGCCUCUGGUUCCGAUUAGGUCCCUCCUAGAUAAUAUUUCACAUAACAUUAAUGUCUUGGUUGGGUUCACACAUGAUAACAAGCUCUAAUGUAGAAUGGUUGUUUUGGGCUUAGCACGAUGUACAAAUCCAUUCACUGUGUCAGUAUUAUAUAUAAACUGGGCAACUAUAGUUUAGUCUGUGCUGUAGAAAUAGCACUGGACAGGGAGUUGGACUAGAUGAUCUCCAAAGUCCCCUUCAAACUUUACAGUCUAAGAUACUAGAGUGCAUGGCUAUAUAGCUACUUGAUCUUCUUGGGGUAGGUUUGGGGAAGGAGACGUAGCUCAGUCUUACAACAUAUGCUUUGCCUACUAGAGGUCCCAUGUUUAAUCCCUAGCAUGUCAGUCUAGAAAUCUGUUGUCCAACAAGAGUGAGCCCCUUGAAUACUGCUGCCUACAAGUACAGUACAAGGCAGCUACACAGAAUCAUAUUAUGCACCAUGUAAAGCCAGAAUCUCUUCACCAGUAAGUGCUAUAUGUCAGUAGGAUUUGCCACUAGCUUAACAAUGCUUCGCCUGUGGGCGGGCUCUUCUCAGCUCCUGCCUUUCACUCAGGGAAUCAACACUCAUCUAGGUGAGUGUCCUAGAUGACCUCAGAAUUGUUCCCCUAGAACAGUCCUCAAGUUUUUUGAAGCAGGAGGGACCUGUUGAAGCAAUCUGGCUGAAUCUUUGGGGCCUUUGCGCUUCAUAGAGUCCCUAACAUAGGUAAAGAGUUCCCUUCCUGCACUAAGAUGGAAGAUGUUUUGGCAGGAUCAAGUAUUGUCAUACCUGACUUUCAAAUGCCACUUGUGGCUGUUUCCCUCUAGAGACUCAUGGUCAUAUCUAAAGUUGGGAGCAGAAUAAUGUAAGUGUCCCUUUCCUUUCUCUUCUGUUUUCUGCCACACAUCAACACCGUCAUUGCUCUAACACUUCACUUAAAUAUACACAGUAUCUAUGCAUCUCUCUAGCUGAAGAGUAGCACCUUCCCAUGAGAAACAUCUGCUUCUGUAAUUAAGAAAAUGAGAUUUCAUACUGCUAUUAAUAAGUUGGAAACAAAUUGAUUACUAGAAAUAGUAAACCCUCUUGAAGGGAUUUCUCUGGAAUGGCAAUUUGCACUGAACCAACUUUGAGGUAUACCUUUUAUGGUUACACAGGUUUCCCCCAGCAAUUUUCCAGGUCCCCUUAUCCUAAAGUCAGUGUAUCCCCUGUGUUCAUUCAUAAAAGGGAAGAGGCCAAGAAGUAAGGCUGCUCUUUCCUGAGCUGAGAUCAUAAUGGAGGGCAGAAUUAUUUUGAGUAGAUUUGGUUAAAAGGAAGGCCAAUGUGGCAAUUUGUAUAGGUACAGGAGUGCCUAUGGCACACAUAAAUAAAUAGUCUCAGCUCACUAA